AUGUUGCGUAGAUUUUACUCGACCGGGUUGAGAAGAACCCCCUUGUACGAGAGCCACGUCAAGUACAAUGCCAAGUUCGUGCCCUACGCUGGCUUCGAGAUGCCCAUCUUAUACAAGAACCAGUCCCACAUCGAGUCCCACAACUGGGUCCGGAGCAAAGUGGGAUUGUUUGAUGUCAGCCACAUGUUGCAACACAACUUCGAGGGUCCUGAUGCCGCUGCCCUUUUGCAGAAAAUCACACCAAUUGACUUGGCCAGCCUUCAGCCUUACACCUCGUCAUUGACUGUGCUUCUUAACGAGAACGGUGGCAUCAUCGAUGACACCAUCGUCACCAAGCACCACGAUGAGAAGUACUACGUUGUCACCAAUGCCGGUUGCAGAGACAAGGAUCUUGCCUUCAUCAAGGAGGAGGCCAAGGCCUUUGGCAAUGUGGAUCACUCCACCUGGGAGGGCACCCUUUUGGCUAUCCAGGGGCCAAAGGCACAGGAGAUCUUGCAAAAGUACACCUCUGAGAGUUUGAAAGACCUCUACUUCGGAAACUCCAGGUACUUCAAGUUGAACAGCUUUGUCAAUGACAAGGUUCACCUCGCAAGAACCGGUUACACGGGUGAGGACGGUUUCGAAAUGAGCAUCAAGGCUGACAACGAAGCCGAGGCCGAGCAGUCCAGACAAUUCUUUGAAUCCUUGAUUGAGGAGCAUCCUGACGUUGUGGCGCCAAUUGGCUUGGCUGCCAGAGACUCCCUCAGAUUGGAAGCUGGUAUGUGUCUCUAUGGCAACGAAUUGUCCGAGGACAUCACCCCUAUCGAGGCCUCUCUUGCUUGGUUGAUUCCAAAGUCCAGAAGAGAGCCUGCUACUGCUACGUUUAACGGUGCCAGCAAGAUCUUGGAGCAGUUGAACAACAAGGGUUUGGUGACGAGGAGAAGAAUCGGCGUUACCUCUAAGGGACCGGCGCCCAGAGGAGGAGCGAAAAUCUACCACGAUGGUAACGAGGUAGGGUACAUCAGCUCGGGCUCAUUGUCACCCACUUUGGGCCUGAACGUUGCCCAGAGUUACCUUGACAAGACCGUGAAGAUCGGCAGCACGGUGCAACUCGACAUUCGUGGCAAGUUGAGAGAUGGUGUGGUGACAAAGCUCCCAUUCGUACCCAACAACUUCUACAAGGGUUAG